UUUUUCUCAUGUUUGUUUUGUUUAGCGCAGAAGACACAAUUUAUAAUAUAUAUUUUUUUUAUUGUUAGCUGUGCAAUGUCAGAUGACAUUAAAAAGUAUUUCAACGGUCUGUUGCAGAAGGUCAGCGGCCUCUACGUCAUACAGAUAACGGACCGAGAUGGUGUGCCACUCCUACGGGUCAGCAACAGCCAGGAGAAGAACGUGGACUUCGCAUUGAUGCCUUCUUUUAUACCCACAUUUACCACAGCCUGUGAUCAGGCCAGUAAACUGGGCCUGGGACGCAACAAAACAAUUAUUUCGAUGUACUCCAACUACCAGGUGGUACAAAUGAACAAAUUGCCAUUGAUUUUGACAUUUGUUGGCGCCGAGGAUUGCAAUACGGGUCACAUUUUGGCGCUGGAGCACCAAGUAGAUGGCUACCUGGAGGAUAUAAAACUGGCCGUAACAGAGCCAUGAAAACGCUUUUGUACGAAUACGA